UUGGCCGGUGGUGAACAUUGCCCAAGUGUGGCAGUCAGUCACGGGACGCUGACGCACAAUACACCCAAGAGGGGCUGGUGAAAACCGAGUUGGCGGCUCAUUCUGCUUCAGUACCUCGGUGGAAGCCUCAGAGCUGAGUCGGAAAGAAAACGCGGAACGCAAAAGCGACUGAAGGAAAAGAGCGACAGGAAAAAGAAGGAAAAGGAUAUUAAUUAAAAAAAGGUCUCCCUCCUCCGCGAUGGAGGAGCCGGGCGACCUGACCACCAGCAGCAGCGAGCACCUGUCCACGAGCGCGGCCAGCACCAGUGCCGCCUCCACUGCCACCAAAAAGAAGUCGGCCAAAAGCCGGCUCGCGCAGCCUUUCAAGAGCCUCGUCGGUCGGAGUCACACGCUGAAAGCAAACAAGAGCGCGGCCGGCGCCGAAGAAGACGAGAUGCAGCGCGCCUCCGACCUGCUCGCCACCGACACCCUGCCCCGCCCCUCGGCCAAGACCAAGAAGGACAAGAAAAAGGCCCCCAAGCUGGGCUCGCCGGCGGCCACGGCCCCCGCGGCCUCCCCGACGCCCGCCGACGACUCCCCUAAACCAAAGGAGCACGCCUCGGCCGAGGAAUCGGCCUCCGAGGACGGCAAAAAGACCCGCAAGAAGAAAACCUCCAUUGUCCGCCGUCUCAGCAACAAAAUCCGCACCAACAAGCAAGAACAGCAAGAGUCGGCACCAACGUCGGAAAUGUCGACGGCCGAGCUGACAUCGGAGGACACGCAGUCGCUGACGAGUUCGUCGACCUACGGCGCCAAAACACCCGAGCACCCGUUGGCGCCGCAACCCUUGCCUGUGAACAAGGAGGACGACGAGGAGUGGGGCGGCCCUUCCGCGGAGGCCUCUUCCCUCGAGCCGUCCUCCUCUUCGGUGGAGCCGACGUCGCUCGAGCCGUCCUCGUCGGAGCCAAUUUCGUUGCCCGUGGCAACCAAACACCUCGAGGCGGCGCCGCCGCCACCGCUCGCCGAAGGGCAGAGUCUGCAGGACGAGUUGCAAGAGGCCAUGGCCGCCAUCCAGACCGUCUCGGAGGCCCCGGCACCCAACGGCCCCCUCGAGGAGCCGCCGCCCCCGGCGCCCAAAAUCGAAGAUCUGGCGGUUGCCCCCGUCGGUGACCCCACGCUAACGGUUCCUGGUGACACGGCGCAAAAUGGAGAGCGACGCGAACACCUUUACAAGAUCCUGGUGAUCGGAGAAUUGGGCACCGGCAAAACGUCCAUCAUCAAGCGGUAUGUGCACCAGUUCUUCUCGCAGCACUACCGAGCCACGAUCGGAGUCGACUUUGCUCUCAAAGUGCUCACCUGGGACCAGAACACGAUAAUCAGACUCCAGUUAUGGGACAUUGCAGGGCAAGAACGCUUUGGAAACAUGACAAGGGUGUACUACAAGGAGGCGGUGGGCGCGUUCAUCGUGUUCGACGUGACCCGAACAGCCACUUUUGACGCCGUCCUGAAGUGGAAGGCCGACCUUGACUCGAAAGUGCAGCUGCCUGAUGGUUCCCCCAUCCCAUGUGUUCUCCUUGCCAACAAGUGUGAUCAGCAGAAAGAGGGGAUUGUGAACACCCCAGCGAAGAUGGACGAGUAUUGUAAAGAGCACGGUUUCUCCGGCUGGUACGAAACGUCGGCCAAGGAAAACAUCAACAUUGAUGACGCAGCUAGAUUUUUAGUGUCUAAGAUUCUGCAAAAUGACAAGCUGGCAAAUCACACGAGCAACAAGGACGAUGGAUUCUCUUUGGACAAGGCUGACCGAGAGCAGAACCAAAGAUCGUGCGCCUGCUAGCGACUAUUUUUAUAGUGAUAGAGCUAGUUUUUGAAUGAACAGUGCCAUUUUGAGUCACAUUCCUCGAAUUUGAGGACGGAGGGAACCAACUUCAUUUUAAAUUAAUUUGCUUUUUGAUGUUAUCCAAUUAUAUAUUACGCGAAAAAAAAAUGCUUCUAGCUUUUAUCAAAAGGAAACUUGUGCCAAAAUUGGAGGAGAUGAAAAUUUUUAUUUUGUGACGUCUUAUCGUAUUUUUUAAAUUUAGUUAAAUUACUGUGUUGAUAGAUAGCGUAGGCUUAAUUGCACAUUGAAUGAACAGAAUUGAAUAAAGCAAUCAACCAUACAAGUUUCUGCUCUCUAGGAAAUCAUCCGUUCAGUCCGUCUAUUAUGGAAAACUGUGCCUUUUGAAUUUUCAGGACCAGCACGCUUUGGCGUGUGCGACAAAUUUUCAAACAUUCCUAUAAUUAUCUUCGCGAUCAGUGUAAUAACUACGGAAAGUAUGAAGAAUAUAAGCAUAAUAUUGUUAUCAGUUUUUUUACAUUAUAGAUUUUUACUUUUUUAUUAUACCAGUGACAAAUUUUGUAGCAGUUCCAUGAAAUAAUGUUCCCGUAAUUUGAAAAUAAACCAAACUCAGAUUUGAAUUAUUAUAACGCAA